UUUUUUUUUUUUUUUUAGAGGGAGGAAAAUGAAUCAUGACUUUUUGGAGGUCACAGUAUGGAAGAAUGGCUAUUUAUAAGUACUUCCAAAUAAGGAUAAUGAACAACAGAAUACUGAAUGAGGAGAAAAAAAUUACUGCCUUUUACUGCACUCAUAUCUGUGCAAGCUGUUACAGUGAAAGGCUUCAGAGAAUCAAGAACUAUUUCUUCAGUAGGGCCUUAAGUAAGACUUGGAAGUUUUAUAUUAUGCAUAUAAAUUACUUAAUUUUCCUCACAAAUGGUCAUAUGAAAAUACAUCAGUACUUUGGAGAUGUGGGACUUGGAGUACUCAUUAAAUGGAAAAACAUCAAUACUUUACAUCCCUGUAUCUCUCUAAAUAUGUCUGCAGCUCAAAUGUAAAACUAAACCAGGCAGAAGAGGUGCCAAGCUGAUAAUUUUGAAGUGGUGGUUCUGCUGAACUGUUGUCAUGGUUGUACUCUAAUGGGAGACAGCCUGGGAAUACUGGGAGCAUUUUCUUGCUCUGAACUGGACUCACCCACGGUCACAAAUUCCUGCUGCUGCUUGAACUCAUCCUCAUCCAAAGGGUCAUGGACCCUUUGACUUGAGUUCACAUGGAGUUUCAGCCUGUCCAGUACAGCAGUGCAGAAACAUUGCUGUUAUCAGAAUGUUCCCAGACACAGUGGAGGAAGAUAAGAGGUACAACAGGCAGUGAAAACAACCCAGCCACUAACAAGCACCAGACAAUUGUGUACAGAAGGCAAACAAGUCCCAUGGCAAGCACAGGAGUCUGUCAACAGAUCAACAGCAACAGCAGCUACAAAUGUGAUCCUGCACAUUCCAGUAAAAUCUGUUGUUACCUUGAACCCUUCAAGCCUCACAUUGGAUGCUGAAAAGAACAUUUGUCCCAGCAGACAACUAUGCUCCACAACAGUAAAGUGAGAAAACGUUUUGGUUGAGAGCCAGACAAUUUAACAGAUUGUGAUUUGGAGUCGUGGAGAAUUCACAGUCUUUCCACAAUGGCAGAAAGGACAGAUUAUACAAAAUCACAAAUUUCACUGGCUGAAUACAGCCCCGUCAAUAAAUCAGAGAGGACCAAGAGAGAUCCAAGAGGAGCACAGGAUGGAGACCAAAAUACAAUGCAACUGAAGAAAGAAAUAUCUUUAAUAAAUGGUAUAAGCCUUAUAGUAGGCAACAUGAUUGGUUCAGGUAUUUUUGUCUCGCCCAAAGGAGUUCUCAUCUACAGCAGAUCUUAUGGAUUGUCUUUAAUAAUUUGGGCAGUUGGAGGGAUAUUUUCAGUCUUUGGAGCUCUCUGCUAUGCUGAACUUGGAACCACUAUUACAAAGUCAGGAGCCAGCUAUGCAUAUAUCUUGGAGUCUUUUGGGAGCUUCAUUGCUUUUAUUCGUUUGUGGACAUCGCUCCUGAUUGUUGAACCAACUAGUCAGGCAAUCAUUGCCAUCACCUUUGCUAACUACAUAGUUCAGCCUUUCUUCCCUUCUUGUGACCCUCCAUAUGUGGCUUGUCGUCUCAUAGCAGCUGCCUGUGAAUGUCUUUUAACAUUUAUAAAUUGUGCCUAUGUUAAGUGGGGCACGCGUGUGCAGGAUGUAUUUACUUACGCUAAAGUCGCUGCUCUUAUUGCCAUCAUCAUCGCUGGACUUGUUAAAAUAUGCCAGGGACAUAUAUGGCACUUUAAGAACUCCUUUGAGGGAUCCUCUUCUGAUAUUGGAGAAAUCUCCCUUGCAUUAUAUUCUGCCUUGUUUUCUUACUCUGGUUGGGAUACACUCAAUUAUGUAACAGAAGAAAUCAAAAACCCAGAAAGGAACUUGCCCCUGGCUAUUGCAGUGUCUAUGCCAAUUGUGACUAUUAUCUAUAUUAUGACCAAUAUAGCUUACUAUACAGUGCUGGAUGCUCAUGCUGUUCUCUCUAGUGAUGCUGUGGCAGUGACAUUUGCUGACAGGAUAUUUGGUGUGUUCAGCUGGACAAUUCCCAUUGCUGUAGCCUUUUCUUGUUUUGGUGGACUUAAUGCUUCAAUUCUAGCAUCAUCAAGGCUAUUUUUUGUAGGAUCUCGGGAAGGUCACCUUCCUGAUCUGUUGUCUAUGAUCCACAUAAAGAGGUUCACACCUGUGCCAGCACUGCUCUUCAAUUGUUUUAUGACCCUUAUUUACCUGGCUGUGGAAGAUGUCUUCAAACUGAUAAAUUACUUCAGCUUCAGUUACUGGUUUUUUGUUGGUCUGUCUAUUGCUGGGCAGUUAUAUCUACGUUGGAAAGAACCAGAUCGGCCAAGACCUCUUAAGCUGAGUCUGGCUUUCCCAAUAAUAUUCUGUAUAUGCACAGUAUUUCUGGUGGUAGUGCCACUCUAUAGUGACUUUAUAAAUUCAGUGAUUGGAAUUGCCAUUGCUUUAUCUGGAAUUCCAUUCUUUUUCUUGGGAGUCUAUUUACCUGCAUCAAGGAGACCUCAAUUUAUUAACAAGAUUAUGGGUGCAGUCACACGAAACAUGCAGAUGCUCUGUUACUGUGUUUUAACAGAGAUGGACCCAAAUGCAGAAAAGAAACCAGAAAUCAAAUCCAAAUAAAGUUUAAGCCAUUACAAGAAGCAGGAGGGAGGCUAAUGCAAUUACACAAAUGAAAGGGAAGAGCUGGAACUGGAACACACAGAAAAACUGUUUUCGGUGGUCUUUCAGAAAUGCUGAAAAUGUUCUUACUUGCAGAUGGAUUCCAAUGUUGGAAUCAUGCCCUUGUGUCAUCCUCCUAAACUGUGGCAUGUUUUCAGGGCAGGUUUUCAUUGGAUAAUGAUUACCUACUCACAUAAGCUGUGUGUCAAUAUGGUUUCUUCUUCAGAAUUGGUAUGAAAAUCGUAAGAGCUAAUGGAUCAAACUAGAUUUCUGCAGAACCAGGUGGUGAAAUAAUGCAUUUUUACGUUAGACUGAAACCCACUUUGACUCCAAAGAUGAAGUCAUUUCCAGCUUAAUUCUGAUGGAUGUUUGCAUGAAAUUAUUUGCUGUACUCGGUUCUUUUCCCAGAAGAAAACUGGUCACAACAAACUACUUCAUUUGUUUUUCUGCCCCUAAUGAUAAAUUAAGUUCUGCUCCAUUAUUUAUAGACUGAACCAACCUUUCUCCCUUAAAGAUUUUAUUCUGUAUGCUACAUGGAAAUGUAUCUGACUGUGGCAAGGAUUUAAUCAGCUAAGCACCUCGCCACUGAAGAUUUUAUUAAUGGUUGUUGAUUUUUUUUCUUGUUAACUUGUUAGUACUUUCUGAAUUUCUGCUAGGUUUUAUGAAACUUCCAAAAUUAAACUGUUCGUUUGAAGCCUGUAAA